ACUUAAAUUAACCCAUCAUUCAAAAAAAAAACGAGAAAUCGCCUCAUUGAUCGCAUGGCCUCUCACCAUCUCCUCCUAUUAAUCUCACUUUCCCAAAUCAAGAAUCAUUUGAUUUCUUUCCUUUUACCGUUGCUUCUUUCCAAUUCGGACGAAGCUCCGGAAAAAUGGACGGGUUCGGGUCGCACCCGAGAACAAUCGCCGUUGAUCGAUGGAUAGAAAUAGUUAACGGUAAAGGUUACGGCGUUGGUGGAGCUCGACCCGACUCACCGAAGUUUCAACCGUCUAUUUCCCCACCACCGGGAUCAGGUUCUACGGCCCGUACAACUGCUACUCCGUGGAGAUUACUCGACGCAGAAACGAAGAGGAAGAAGAGAAUCGCGACGUAUAAGACUUAUGCUUUGGAAGGAAAAGUCAAAACCACGGUCAAGAAAGGGUUUCGUUGGAUCAAAAACAGAUAUUCUCAGAUUAUACACGGAUGAUUAAUCUUUUUCUAUUUUAUUUUUCGUGUCUUGGGCUGUCGCCGGCGAUAAUCUCCGGUCACAUUUUUUUUUGCUGAUGUUAAAAGGUAAAAGAGAUUUGUUAUAGCCAUUAUAGGGAGUGUUUUGAUUUGAUCUUGAAAGCAAGAUUCGUGUCGUCCGUCGUUGUAUGAGUGGAUAUAUAAAUUAGUCUACAACGAUUCAGGUCAAAACACCGGUCCAUGUUUGUGGCCCAAUUUAUUGCUUUUUUAUAUCUUAAUGAAGCCCAAGUAACACCUAA